CCCCGGCCGCCGCGGGGGGGCGACGUGUCGGUGCUGUUCAGCAUGCGCGUCACCAACAUGCGCUUCAGCGAGGCGCUCUUCGACAGGGAGUCCGCCGAGUACAGGGACCUCGAGAAGAAGUUCCUGGACCUGCUGGUGCCCUACAUCGGCGCCAAACUGGAGGGCUUCAAGCAGCUGGAGGUCGUGCGCUUCGAGCGCGGCAGCGUGGUGGUGCUCAGCCGCGUCACGCUGGCGCGCGGCGCGACCGUGCGCCUGCGGCGACACCAAGAUGGCGACGGAGACGAAAGCGCCGGCGCAGCCGCCACGCCACGUGCCGCUCUGCUGGGGCUGCUGCGGGAGCUGUGCAGUGCCGCGCCGGCGAGCGCCGACAUCAACAUUGACCGCAACUCGCUCGGCGUGGGCGGAGAUGACGACGGCGGAGGCACAGAGCCGGAGGAGGCGGAGGAGGCGGAGGAGGAGGCGGAGGAGGAGGCGGAGUCGUGCCGAUCCGUGCGGUGCGACGAGACGUCGUGGUGCCGCGUGAGCGCCGAGGGCCGGACCGCCCGGUGCGAGUGCCGGCCGGGCUACGUGGCAGUGCCGGCGGUGGAUGUUGGCGGUGGACCCCCGUGCCGGAGGGAGUGCCCGGAGAACUCGCGCGCCGCCAGAAGCCGCUAGCCGUGCCGGUGACCCCUGCCGAGCGUGACGAUGACCACAACCGUGACGGAGCGUGACGGAGCGUGACGAACUCGACUCGGGACGCGGACCGACAUCGUUCGCUAGCGCCGGGAGACCACCACCAACAGCGUCCGUUGUGGCUAAAUACAAAACAAAUUAUGAGUUCACCGAUUGGCUGAGCUGAGAAUACUGGGGGUGAGUGAGCAGGGGGGGGGGGGGUUGCGCCCCCUCCCCCCCCCCCCCUCACCAAUGAUAACGACUCGGCAUGACGACCUCUCCUCUUAUUCUUAGUCACGAAAGCUUUAAAUCAAAAUUUAAACGACCUCUCCUCUCUCGCAUCUCUCUCCUAACAUCUCUCCCCUCC